ACGUCGCACUGGGCGACGCGCGCGCUUCCCUGUGACCAAACUAAAGAUGGCGGACGUGUCGGGGAUCGGGCUGUCAGAACAGAAAGAAGUGGAGAUUGAGCUGAAAAACAGACAGGAACGACGAUGGGGAGGCGCGCACAGGUCAGGGAAGUUACCCCGCGUUACCCCGGAGCUGCCGGAAACGCUGGGCUUUUACGACAUCAGCUCCGUCCGGAGAGAACAGCGGGGGCUGUCAGCAGAUCCAUCGUUGACUCGCUUCAUUUGUGCAGAACUCACCAGAGGUUACUUCCUGGAGCACAAUGAAGCAAAGUACACAGAGCGCAGGGAGAGAGUGUACACGUGCAUGCGCAUUCCCAAGGAGCUGGAGAAGCUGAUGAUCUUCGGUUUCUUCCUGUGUGCCGAUGCCUUCCUGUAUGUCUUCACUCUGCUCCCCCUGCGGGUGCUGCUGGCUCUGCUGCGCCUAUUCACCCUGCCCUGCUGUGGCUUCAGGGUGCACACAUGCCCCUACUGCCGCAGAAGCAGUGGGUCACAGCUUCUGCAGCCAGCUCAGGUGUGUGAUAUGCUGAAGGGCCUGAUCCUGCUGCUGUGUUUCUCUAUGAUGCAUUACGUGGAUUACUCCAUGAUGUAUCACCUGAUCAGAGGACAGUCUGUUAUCAAGCUCUACAUCAUCUACAACAUGUUGGAGGUUGCAGAUCGCCUCUUCUCGUCCUUUGGUCAGGACAUCCUGGAUGCUCUGUACUGGACCGCCACAGAACCCAAAGAGCGGAAAAGAGACAAUAUAGGAGUCAUCCCUCACUUUUUCAUGGCAGUCUUUUAUGUCUUUCUACACGCCAUCCUCAUCAUGGUCCAAGCCUCCACGCUCAACGUGGCCUUCAACUCGCACAACAAGUCUCUGCUCACCAUUAUGAUGUCCAACAAUUUUGUUGAAAUUAAAGGCAGUGUGUUCAAGAAGUUUGAGAAGAACAACUUAUUCCAGAUGUCCAACAGUGAUAUCAAAGAGAGAUUCACCAGCUAUGUUCUCUUGCUCAUCGUUUGUCUCAGGAAUAUGGAGCAGUUUUCAUGGAAUCCAGAACACAUGUGGGUGUUGCUUCCUGAUGUCUUCAUGGUCGUCACCUCAGAGGUUGCUGUGGACAUCAUUAAACACGCUUUCAUCACAAAGUUCAAUGACAUCCCUGCAGACGUGUACAGUGAAUACAGAGCCAGUUUGGCUUUUGAUCUGGUCAGCAGUCGACAGAAGAAUGCGUACACUGACUACAGUGACUCUGUGGCUCGGAGGAUGGGCUUCAUCCCUCUGCCGCUGGCUGUUCUGCUCAUCCGAGUGGUGAUGAGCUCAGUGAAGGUGCAGGGGGCCAUGUCAUACUCAUGUGUGCUCCUCUUUUACCUCGGGCUGGUGACGAUGAAAGUGUUGAACAGCAUCGUGCUGCUGGGGAAGUCGUGUGUUUACGUCAAAAGGGCCAAAAUGGAGGAAAAACUCUUUGAGAGACCCCCCACUGCACCGUCUGCUUCUGCAAAGAGCCCCAGCAAAGCUGACCCGGCCAGGUGCCCCAAAGCUUCAGGUGAGGUAAAGACCACGCAGAUUGUUGCUGCACCCUGCACCCCACCAUGCUCCUCUUCCUCCUCCGUGACCACUCAGCCAGCUCCCAGGACUCAGCUGUUCCCUCCUCCUGCCACACCUGCUAAACCUGCCAGCCACCCAGCCGGUGUCCCACCUGAAGCAGAGCCUGAACAGCCUGAGCCGUCGCUCUCAAAGGAAGAGGAACACGCAGCUCAUGAUGUUGCGGAGCUGGAACAAAGGCCUCCAAAAAAAGACCUGCUGGAGAUCGACCGUUUUACCAUUUGUGGUAACCGGAUUGACUGAUCCGAAGAUCAGAUGCAAAGAACAAAGCACUCAGGAAAGACAGCCGACUGGAGCUGCCUCAGUCAAACAGUCCUGCUGCUGACACCUCAAGUCCACGCGUUUUUAGGAAAAGAGGAGCCUCUAAGAAAGUGGGCGCGUCAGCCAUGUUGUAAGGAAGAACCGCUUUUGUUUGUGUGGAUCUGUGUGCAUGAGACUGACAGCACUUUGUGUGUGGAGCAGCACCAGGAUUGGGGGGUUCAAACCCGACCCAUUCCAGCUCACACAGACCCUAAACUCUGAGUCCUGUCUCCAAAUGUUUGUUUUCCUACACCAGCUAUGAACAACCUGAGACCUGCUCCGACACUAAAACCACCCAAACCUGCAGAAGUGAGCCAUUUAACAAACGCAGCUCACAUCUCUGCAAGACUCAACCCUUUAACCUCGAUACAGAGGAGAGUCAGACACUAGAACAGAUCAUCCCUGUAACAUGCACAUGUCGCUUUACCCUCUUCAGUCGGUGAAGGAAACCUCCUUUUGGGUUCCAGAGUCUUCUGCUCAGUGCAGGUCUGCUGACUGCCAUCUCACCCUGAAGUGAAGCUUCUUUUUUAGCUGCAACGCCCAUUGAGGGUUUUACAGAUCCGACCGAAUCCAUACUGAGAGCCUGAAGGAAUCUUUUAGUUUACACAGCUGUUUGACUCACAGCUGCACUGCAGCUUGAUGAAGAAGCUGAGCUGUUCUUCAUGCUGCAGCCUCUCCUGCCAGCUGCUUCCACAACCGCAUGUGGAGCACACACCCUCUGCAACUGAAGGAGGCGGAACGUCUGCAUGUCUUCAAAAGCUCCAGUACUUUUUACUCCUUUUUUAUCUUUAUUUCGAACCCCCUCCUGAAAAUGCAGAUACUUCCUGGAACAGGGUUUGGACUGCAGCAGACUGAAGCUGCUGUGGGCCGGGUGUCAUCAGAACAGCUGCUCUCAGGUCAUGUCUGCUGGUCUGGUACGUUUGCACUGACUCACCUCCACUUUGACCAGAGCUCCUGCGGUUUACACCCUAGGAUGACUGAAGCAAUACGUCUACAGCUGCAUGUGGGCUUUGACCUCUUCACGACUGACGCCUUACUAGGAACAAAGGAUUUCCUUCCAUUGAAAUGGUCAAAUAUAAUAUAUACAGUGUAGAAAAGAGCAUUUAUUCUGUUGAGUCUCACUGGUUUGUACAUAAUUGGAAGACGCUUUUUUUUAAAUUCUAUUACUUUCAUUAGAAUGUAAUUUUAAAUAAAACUGUGCCAAUUCUUUUAUUUGUGUUGUGACAGCUUUUAUUUGGUCCAUGCCUGUUCAGAGCAGUUAUUUAAUACUAAUAAAAAUCAGUACUUAUGUAAAGUUACCCAAAGAUUUAUCUGCCAUAAAGACUUAAAUCUGCUUCUGGUUGAUGACAUUAUUUAUUUAGCAAAGCUGAACGGUACUUUAUUGAAACAAACAUGGUACUAAAGAACCAUUCAUGAAUGUUUUGUUAAAGUCUGUAUCUGGCAGCAAUUUCUUCAGAAGUUUUCAUAUGUGUGUUUGAUUGUAGUUGGAGGAGUCAGUGUUCAUGACCAAUGUAAAGAUGUUUUAUUUUUCCAUGAGUUGUGGAAGUGUUUUUUCUGAAGUCUGCCUCAGACAGUGUUGGCCUUGUUGAGUUUGCUUUAGGCUCUGUGUGUUAGCCUGCAGUGGACAGCAGCUCAGAAAGACUAGCUGUACUCUUUCACAGCUUCGACCUGUGUCUGUUCCAUUCUAAUUCUAUAUUUAAUUUCUACUGUAUCAUUUUGCCAUUCCGAAAAAAUAAACUUUGUUCUUAAGUGU